AUGCGACGGUGCUUUGCGUUGCUCUGGCGUCAAGAGAAGCGACUGCCACGGCGGUUUCGGGACGUUCCAGAGGAAUUCACGGACAUCCGCUCCUCCGAUUGCAGGCCGUUGGUCUUUACGCCGCGGCGGCCGGAGCCGCUGCGUGCGGUGGCGUCUCUCUCCGACAUCGUCGUUGAUGAAGCGGCGCUGCAGACGAGCUCGUUGCAGGAGCUUUCGCAGAAGCCGGUGGCAAAGCUGGACUCAGAGCGAAUGGGGCUUCCCCCACAUCUGGUGCAGUAUCUGCACCGACGCUUCUCGUCCGAGGCAUCUCCGCGUGAUGCCUCUUUGCGCGGCGGUGGGGCCGGGGCCGGCUUUCAGGGGUUGACGAUGGUCCAGGCGCGCGCUCUUCAGCACCUGUACGCCCAGCAGGACGUGGCCCUCUGUGCCCCGACGGGGACUGGGAAGACAUUUGCGCUGUGUCUGGCUCUCGUCGCCCGUCUGAUGCGGGAUGGGCCGAUGAAGCUUUUCUCUGUCUUGUUCCUCGCGCAGAACGACCACCUCUGCCGCCAGAUUGCGCGGUGGAUGCAGGAGAUGUGGUGGUUUGAGGCGGAUGACCGCUUGGUGUUUGCCGCCACCAGCGAUGUGCCCCCCAGCGUGGUGUACCAGCGCCUCACGCGGGAGCUCGUCCGCGACGCGGCGGGCAACGUUGUGCGCUCGCUGGACCGACGGCCAUACGUGUGCGUGGCAACGCCGGAGGUGUUCUGGGAGUUUUUUCAGCGCCGCAAGCAAUCCAUCCUUCGCCGUGAGGCGGCGGCGGGGCGCAGGAAGCACUCCUUCGCCCUCACCCCCGUGCUGCCGAGCAUUGACCUCGUGGUGGUGGACGAGGUGGACGACGUGCUCCCCUCCACCCGCCCGGACGCGGCGGGGAAUCUGCUCAUGAAGGAGCUCUACCGCUUCGUCAAGUACCAGGCGCCGGUGCAGCUGGUGUUCACGAGCGCCACUCUCGCGGGGUCAACCGUCAACCACGUGCGGCGGUUUUUGAAGAAGAGCGUGCUCGAGUCCAGGACCUCCCGCAUUUUUGAGAGCGAGAUGGAAAGCUUUGCCCAGAAGGCAAAAGCGACAGGGAACCUCUCAAAGGCGCGUGUUCCGGAUGGGAUUCAGCACCGCUUCUACACCGCCGACACCCUGGAGGAGCAGCGGGAGUGCGUGGCGGCCGCCGUGCGGGAGUCAGGGCCUGGCGAUGAGAGCCCCGCACAUCCAAUGGGGGAGAUGAAAGCGUUGGUGAUUUUGCCGAACUCUGGAAGCGUUGACCUCUUCGUUCAACGUGUUUUGACGCCCGCCCAGCCGGAUGACAAAUUUACAGUGGAGAUGCUCGACACGCUACAAGAGCCGCGUAAGCGGAGAGGCGGAAGAGAAGGCGUGGCUCGCUCAGGCCCACCUGCUGCGGCGUUAGACGUCAAUGCAUCUUCCACAGGCGCGAGGCCUGUUCGACAGUUUAUUCUCUGCCUUUCCUCUGCCGUUCGCGGCAUUGACAUCAACGACCUCACCCAUGUCAUGAUUUUGGCCACCCCUCAGUCUGCCUUGGACUACGCGCAUUGGUGCGGGCGUGUCGGACGGCUUGGAGGCUCUGGCGUCUCGGUGGUUAUCAUGAGCCGCUUUGCGGUGCGGAAGAUGAGCGCCUUUUGCGACACACUAAACAUUCCCUUCAAAGUGGGGCGACGGCACGACCGGGUCGACGUGGAUGCGGAAAGGCGAGCCCUUGGCCUUUAG